UAUCUUCUGCGGUGGAGUUCAUCGGGUUUAUCGUCUCAGAGGGGGCGACGAGAGGAACGCUGGUAACACUGACCUAGAAACACAUGUGCUUGUGAGCAGGUCUCACAUGAUGAGAGCUGAAACCAAAUCCGUCUGUGGCUCGGGUGCAUGAGAAAUGCAGACUACAAGAACGAUCUCCUCAGGUUCGAAUUAGAAAACUUCGCGUUUCAAAAGCUGAAUUUGAAUCCCACUGGAUUCCCGGGCGGAUGAAACUGAGCUCUUUAUUUAUUACGUAGCGCAAAUUGUAAGGACGUGAUUUGCUUGCAUCACACUUUCGGAGGGAGACGGGCCCGAGCCUGGGAGCUGUCCCAGGCAACAUGGUGCUGAAGCUCGUGUUAGAUAGAUCAGCACAACGCCUAUCGUCGCAUUAACCGCAACGCUUUGGACGCAACGCUUUACCACGCAGGAGCCACUUCAGUGAUUUCCCAGCAAUUUCAUUCAAAGAAAAGGCGCUGGAUGUGACAAAACGACGGACUGUGGAUGGCAAAAAUAUUUCCUCAUCGUCGAAAGCGAAUCUGUUUCUUCUCUGGACUGAUUUUCGAAAGACAUGUCUGACAUUACACGGGACAGUGAGCUAAACUGCCUUGGGGUUUCUGCAACAAGGGCUGGGUGUUUAAGGAGAUAGGCUGCCUGCACUAACAAGACGUUGGCACCUUAUAUCUUUCAGAGGGGGACUUGUGCGGGAUGCAUUUGUAAGCGGUCGGACCUGAAACAUGAGAUGAACGCCAAGGACAAUUGCUGGAUAAUUGGCAAGAUUGUGGCUGGAUUUGGUUUCACGCAACACACUUUGCGUUCACAUUAACACCAUUACACGGUAGUCGCUUUUGAAUCAUGGCUAAUAAGCGAGGACGGUGUGAACUGGAGAAUAGAAAUUGUGUACUGUUUGCGUGUGUAUCGUAGACUUCAAAUUGUUUAAUUAUUAGACAAACCAAGGCUGCCAUUUGUUUGGCUCUGCCGACGAAUAGCCUGCAUUUCUGUUUUCCUGCUUUUGAUGAAUAGAUGCCACUGGCGAGAGUGCCUCAGGGUAGGAGCUCCUUUGUCAGAAGCUGUUCGCGGGAAUCCCAGAUAUUUUUCAUUCACAUUGGGUUAUUUGUCCGCAAAUCUUCGAUUUGAGUAUUUGUAAGCACAAGUCCAGUUGUUGUGAACGCCCUCAGUAGUUAAUGUCCCUGUAAACUGGUUUGUCAGGUAACCUAAUGUGCUUCACGUGGUAACAUCUGAAUGAACUAGUUUUCUUGAGGUACCCAAGAUGACUGAAUCAACGUUACGAACAGGGUUACUAAAGGGUUUUUGACACUUUUGACAGCUGCUAUUACAUGUGUGUACAACCGUCAGCUUCUCAAUGGAAACACUAUCGCGGUGAUGUAGCUCUCAGAAUAAUAACUGUUGAAAGUAAACACCUUCUUCAUGUCCAAACGGUCAGUUUGGGUGAGGUGAGCAGAAAGCGGCGUUGCUCACGAGACUGAAGACAGGUGUUGUUUCCUCGUUUCCUCGUUGGAAACCAAACAGUAAGUUAUGUUAUGUGACCUGCUGGAGUCCAGUAACAGAUAGCCUUAGCAUUAUAGGCCGUUUAAAAACAUAGACCGCCUUUCCAUUAUUCAUAAGACGGGCACAUGUUGUUGGCUAUCGGUGUCAUUGUAUGGUGUUGGGGAUUGUUGAGUCGCAGACCGAUGCUGCGCCGCCAGGGCAAGCAGAAAGGCCGCUGUUGCGUCUUGUUCAGUGACCUGAAGGUUUUCCUUCUCAGGCCACCGGCACCGUUGGCAUCUCCACCUGCCUUCACACCCAUGAACGAACUAAACGCGGAGGGCAAUGCGACGAGCAGCGCCACGGAUAGCAACUCUUUAGCCAACGGACAUUACCAGCCGGUAGCAGGUGAGGCUGCGGACACACGAGGGAGCGAAGACUGGACUCACAGCGGGGUGGAUUCGCCGAGGACGCUGGACUGCUGCAGCUCAUCCGAGGAUUGCUCUAAGGAGAAGCUGGACGAGAGGUUAUCUCUGAACAGCUGCACGGACAGUGGAGUCAGGACUCCUUUGUGCCGGAUCUGUUUUCAGGGCCCAGAGCAGGGAGAGCUGCUGAGCCCGUGUCGCUGUAGUGGUUCUGUUCGCUGCACUCAUGAGCCCUGUCUUAUUAAGUGGAUUAGUGAGAGAGGAUCCUGGAGCUGUGAACUCUGCUACUACAAAUACCAGGUCAUCGCCAUCAGCACCAAGAACCCGCUACAGUGGCAGGCCAUCUCUCUGACGGUGAUAGAGAAAGUACAGAUAGCUGCAGCUGUUCUGGGUUCCCUGUUCCUGAUAGCCAGUAUCUCCUGGCUGGUCUGGUCCUCCCUCAGCCCAUCGGCCAAGUGGCAACGGCAGGACCUGCUCUUCCAGAUCUGUUACGCCAUGUACGGCUUCAUGGACCUGGUGUGCAUCGCUCUGAUUGUCCAUGAAGGUCCCUCCGUAUUUCGCAUCUUUAACCGCUGGCAGGCUGUCAAUCAGCAGUGGAAAGUCUUAAACUACGACAAGGUCAAAGACAACGAGGAGCAUCAGAAGACCGGUGCCGCAUUCCGGACCUUCUCUCUGCCGCUGACGCACCGGAUGGGGCCGACCGGCACGGAAGGUGAAGCCUCCACCUCCACAUCCUCCCUCAUGGCUGCAGCUGCAGCGGCUGCGGCGGGCACCGCAACCCCCACCACAAACUCCAUCCCGUUGGCAGCAGGAGCCACGACAGAGCCGCAGGACUCGUCUGAGCCCAGCAAUGGGCAGCCCUCGCUGCCAGACCACCACUGUGCUUACAACAUCCUUCAUCUCCUCAGCCACCAUCUGAGGCCCCAGGAGCCACGCGGACAGACCAGCAACAGCAACAGCAACCGCGAACUGGUCAUGAGAGUCACUACAGUGUGAGGCCUUCCAUGAGGCGUAGUUUACCGUUGAAUCUCUGCAUGCAACGUAUUUACAAGAACGGAUUCACUGAGGAGAAUUAAACAGUGUUACCUGAAGACCCAGUGCAGUGCUGUUCGGGUUUAAGGCGUUUGUUUUUCUAUUUUUUACAGUAUUGAAUAAAACAAGGAAGCAGUUUCUCUCACAGUGGCUACAAGAAAGGUCAUGGCCAUAAAGUUUCAAAUGUGAGUAACUGAGAAUGGUCAAAGGUCAGUGGGGUGGGGUCUCUGAGUGUGUGUGCGUGUGUAAUGAGUUUAUCAUCAGCUCAAGGCCACAGUCAGAGCUGUGACCGUUCUGAAGCACAACCAUAACAAUGCAAUCCAGUUUCUACACCGACAGCCACUGCUGAACUCAAACAGCUCAGAGUGAAGAACAAACGUGUUUGUAUGGAAAACACGCAACGUCACACUAAUUUUACGAUUACUACAUGUUGUAUUUUCAGAUAAAAUCCUAUUAUUAAUGUUACUUGCGAGAAUAAGCAAGUCUAAAUAUGUUUCCUAACAAACCAAAUGUGGUAUUGAAGCAGCAAACUAUUGUGUUUACACUCACAGGCAGUACGUUUUUUAGCGAAAUCAAUCCUCUCUGGUUUUGGCAGUCUUGUACAUCAAUAACAGGAAACCACGUUACAGUGGAGACAACUUGCAGCAAUCAAACAUUUUCCAAACUACAAAAAAGUGGCCCAAUUUGAGGCAAAUUCUUGGUCAACUGACUUAUUUUGUUUACAUUUGUUAAAUUUGUGAGAGAAAAAGGUUGCUACAUUAAAAAAAAAAAAAAAAUUCAAACUUGUUUAACUGUUGUAUGCGUCCGUUUCUCUUCUGGAAAUAGCUGCUGCCACACAGCAUUCAAUCAAUUCAUUCAUUUCAGUAAUGCAUUUCAUGUGUUUCCUUCCCAAGCCUAGGGCUUCAAGCAAUCAAGAGCACUUGGAAUGUUUACAUUAAUCCCAUUUUUAUUAUAACACAAUUUUUUUUCUCAAAACAAGUACAGACAGAAAGUGGAUCUAAGUGUCUCAGUGCUAAAAAACAGGAAACAGCACAAGUGCCUCCUCCAAGCCUG